UGAGAUGGAUAAUGGUAAUCAUGUUGGUGGUUCAGGAAAUGGAGGAUUUCAUAGCUAUUGCAGAUCUCCACAACCAACCCCUGCACAUUCCCCUUCCUCUGAUAUGGACAUGAGCCUGGAACUGCCUGCUCAUCUCAACCAGGAAGUUGUUGAAAUCAUCAUUCAGGAGCAAGACCGAUUCAUACCAAACGUGGCCAGAAUCAUGCAUAGCACCCAUCCUCCCCAUGCCAAGAUAUCCGAUGAUGCCAAACGGACCAUGUACGAAUGUAUCUCUGAGUUUAUAUGCUUUGUAACAUAUGAAGCCAACGCUCAUUGCCAGCGUGAGCAGCGGAACACCAUCACUGAUGAAGACGUGCAUUGGGUCAUUAACAAGUUUGGUUUUGAUGACUACAUUGAACCCUUUCCUUUGUACUUUCCUCGUUGUCGUGAGGAUGAUGGUGGCGAGUGUGGAUCCCUUAUAGGGGAGUCUUUGUUGAAGCGUCCAAUGGUUGAUACUCAUCACCAAUUUGUGUAUCCACCACCAGUGGGAAAUGGUGAUAUGCAGGGUAAUGCAUCAAAUGGAAGUACUUCUCAGUGUGCAGUGGCUUCAGUGGAUAGUGACGUUGAGGCUCCUACGGAGGAGGGUAAUGAGUGA